UCCGGGUCUGCGUGCUCCCCCCCCCCACCACCGCGCCUCUGGGGCGGGGGGAGUCACAUGGGGCUUCGCUUCCUCCGUGGUAUUUUGCUGCAGCUACUGCCUCGGUCACCGCUUCCAACUCGACACUGCAUGCUCGGCCCACAGUCCGUCCCGCCCCCGAAAAGGCCCGGUAGCAACCUCAUGGCACCGCCCCGAAUCGGGACGCACAACGGCACCUUCCACUGCGACGAGGCUCUGGCUUGCGCCUUGCUUCGCCUCCUGCCGGAAUUCCAGGAUGCUGAGAUUGUGCGGACUCGCGACCCGGAAAAAUUGGCUUCUUGUGACAUCGUGGUGGACGUGGGUGGCGAGUAUGACCCUCGGAGACACCGAUAUGACCAUCACCAGAGGUCUUUCACAGAGACCAUGAAUUCUCUGUCUCCUGGAAAGCCAUGGCAGACCAAGCUGAGCAGUGCAGGACUCAUCUAUCUGCACUUCGGGCACAAGCUGCUGGCCCAGUUGCUGGGCACUAGUGAAGAGGACACCAUGGUGGGCACCAUCUAUGACAAGAUGUAUGAGAACUUCAUGGAGGAGGUGGAUGCAGUGGACAAUGGGAUCUCCCAGUGGGAGGGGGAGCCUCGUUAUGCCCUGACCACCAAUCUGAGUGCCCGGGUUGCUCGACUUAAUCCCACUUGGAACCAGCCCAACCAGGACACCGAGGCAGGGUUCAGGCGUGCAAUGGAUCUGGUUCGAGAGGAGUUUUUGCAGCGACUAGACUUCUACCAGCGUAGCUGGCUGCCGGCCCGGGCCUUGGUGGAAGAGGCCCUAGCCCAGCGCUUCCAGGUUGACCCAAGUGGCGAGAUUGUGGAACUGUCAAAAGGUGGGUGCCCGUGGAAGGAGCAUCUUUACCACCUGGAAUCUGGGCUGUCGCCCCCCCAGACCACUGCCUUUGUUAUCUACACUGACCAGGCUGGACAGUGGCGAGUCCAGUGUGUACCCAAAGAGCUCCAUUCCUUCCAGAGCCGGUUGCCUCUGCCAGAGCUAUGGCGGGGCCUUCGGGACGAGGCCCUGGACCAGGUCAGUGGGAUCCCUGGAUGCAUCUUCGUCCAUGCUAGUGGCUUCAUUGGUGGGCACCACACCCGAGAGGGUGCACUGAGCAUGGCCCGUGCUACCUUGGCCCAGCGCUCAAUCCCUCCCACAAAUCCCUAGUCCAAUAAAACUUUCUCCAUCUCUUGGUGACCA